AUGGAACUGAAAGUCAGGGACCGCUCCGCCGAGUUUUCUGAGCGGCGCGCCGCCGUGCGCACAAGGCGCGAUCGUUCUGAAUCUGCCGUACCAGAGCAGCCAACGGAGCAGCUUUUUAUAGUUCCGCUUUGGAGCAGGCUUCCAUCUGACUUCGCGGAAAACGCACUCGCUCUCUCACAUCAAAUUGACCAGCUCCGUUCGAUGCACCUCCUCUUCCUGAAGCCGAAGCUCCGCAGCAAGGGUGAGGAAGACGAGCUGCAAGCUUCGAUUGAUAAGCAGGCAGUCGAGAUUCAGGCCUUUCUAAAGAUGUUGGAGCACACUAUUAUUCUCGGCACCCAGCUCAAAAGCACGUACUCUGAAGAAGAAGCACGCAUCGUCAAGAACGUUCAGACGCACCUGACAGCUCGCUUCAAGGAGCUUGCUCUACAAUUUAAGUCUGCUCAGGAAUUAUUUGGAACUGAGCUGCACCGGCGAGAGCAGAAAUCUAGCAAGUACAUGAAGAUUGGAAGCGAUGCUGCCUACGAAGCAGUCCAGCAAGAGGAACGAACUGUCCAAUUUCUCGAAAUGGGCUUCACAGAGCAGGACGCACAGUCUCUCCUGAUCGAGGAUAUGCAACGAGAUCGAACAAGCAAAGAGAUCAAGGAUAUCCUUGACAGCAUACAAGAGAUUCACCGCAUGUUCGAGGAUCUUCACAGCAUGGUAGUCGAUCAGGGGACAAUGCUGGACAGGAUCGAUUACAAUGUAGACAAAGCAUUGGUGAGCGCAUCGAAAGCACAGAUCGAACUGGAAAAAGCUCGCGAGAAUCAGAGCAGCUGCAUCCUUAUGUGA